GCGUGAAUUGCUAUGUCCCCAUUGGGGCUCCAUCGACCGUACAAGUGCCGCGGGUCCGUCUGCCGCUCCGAGUGGACAUUCUGUUCCAAGACAAGAUUAAGAAGAGCACGGCCCCUCACGGCAAGGUGGUGGCGCCAGAUGACAUCUCAAUCAUUCCAUACCCGUUUCCAUCGCAAAACCCGCCACAGUACGAUGUGAAGGAGGCCGUUGUCGUGUACCCGUCCAUCAACGCCGUCGUGAUCGACGAGCUCGAGGACCUCGACAGUGUGAAAACGCUUAUCUUUAUCGAUUGUCCAUGGCAGAAAGCACCGUCUAUUCUGCACGACCCCGCAGUAUCCCACUUGCGCUGCGUGAAACUUGCUCGGCCACCACUCGAGUCCAAGUAUUGGCGCUACCAUUCCAGUGGCAAAGGCUGUAUUUCAACCAUCGAAGGUACACUAGUUCCUUUGUACUCAUAUGCUUUGUACACCAGCCACGGUAUCACAAACCUCGGGUCUUUGAUCCCUUAGCGGUGCACUUGAUGCUUGCGGAAUAUUCGACGGCUAAACAGCGUUCGAUCACAACGCUCCCACCUCCAGCGACAGAAUCGACUGCUUCUCCGACGGAAACUACGGCUCCACUUUUGUUUUUCUUUCAUCUCUUGCACGACCACAUCAUGAACACCCACGUCACAGACCCAAACCGCCAAGUCCACCGCGCACCCAUGAGCGAAGAGGAGAAGGAACGGCGGCGACUCUUGCGGUGCCAGAAAGAAUCGGGCAAGAAGCGCAAGUUGGAACACAAACAGUCGGUCAAAGAUCGACUAGCCGCCGAGAUCGAAGCGGGCGUGGUGGACAAGUGGCCCAAGAAGUGCUUCAACUGCAACGCCCGCACGCACGAGGCGCGGGAGUGUCCUGUCGUGUGUCGGCACUGCAAAGUCCAAGUGCAUUUCAACGGUGACUGUCCCAUGAAGGGCCAGCGCGGGCCGGCGCGCGAACCCAAGAUCACGAAAGCGCUUUGAGAUUACGUUGAAUAGAAGUUGGAUCCAACUCGGUCUUGUCAAACGCGACUCGGUCCAGCUCGGCCGUGAUCGCAGCAGCAGUAGCUUUGGUUGUUGCCCCUUGAUCGUUUGAAGCGAAUGAAUCGGUCAACGUCGACAGCGCCGUGGUGAGUUGGGACGUCGCCAGGUCAAACUUGCCCAAGACGCGGUAAGCAUGCCCUAGUCGGUAGCGCACAGCGGCGGCGGUAGGAUCGAUCGCAAGCGCGGCGAGGCAGUGGUUCACGGCGCUACGAAUGUUCUUGUGCAUGUCCAAGUACCCGCUCGCAAUGUUGACGUGGCAUGCCAACCGCAACUAUGACCAUGCAGUUUGUUGAUUGAUUGUUGUCCUUGGAAGUGGUGACGAGAGUGGCAUCGGUC